AUGGCCUAUACAAUUACCAUUAAACUUAUCGUUUUUCUGUAUUUAACCUUGAUCUCUGAAACUACACGUAAUGUAAAUUCGAUCAGUAGUCUAGAUGAGUUAUCCUCUUCACCGAUUAAUCAAGUUGGCAUAUGUAGCUUAUUGAUUGAGACGCAAGGCUACACAUGCGAAGAACACAAGGUGACAACAAAAGAUGGUUAUAUACUUAGCAUGCAACGGAUUCCUACUGGACAGGGAGGUAAAAAGUCAGACAAGCCCCCGGUUUUAUUACAACACGGGGUUCUUAUGGAUGGUGGGACAUGGGUUUUAAACUCUCCUGAUGAAUCUCUUGGAUUCAUUUUGGCAGAUAACGGUUUUGAUGUGUGGAUUGCGAACACUCGCGGAACCAAUUAUAGUCGUGGCCAUACAUCACUUAAUCCUAGUGAUCCAGCUUAUUGGGAAUGGUCGUGGGACGAAUUAGUAGCUUUUGAUCUCCCUGCUUCGAUCCAAUUUGUGCAUGAUCAAACAGGCCAAAACAUGCAUUAUGUUGGUCAUUCCUUGGGAACUUUGAUUGCUUUUUCUGCCUUUUCAAAAGACCAAACAUUGGACAUGUUAAGAUCGGCUGUUUUGCUUAGCCCUAUCGCGUAUUUAGGCCAAAUAUCUUCAACUCUCGCAAGAGCCGGUGCAGAUGCUUUCUUAGGCGAAGCCUUAUAUUGGUUGGGUCUCCAUGAAUUUGCUCCAAGAGGGAAAGCUGUUGUUGAUCUUCUUAGUGUUAUAUGCAAAAUGCCUGGCAACGAUUGCAGCGAUUUGAUGACAUCAUUUACUGGGCAAAACUGUUGUGUGAACUCUUCUAUGACGGAUAAGUUUCUUGAACACGAACCUCAGUCGACCGCAGCUAAGAACAUGAUCCAUCUUGCUCAAAUGAUCCGAACAGGAACUAUAACAAUGUAUGAUUACGGAAAUGUUAAUGAUAAUGAGAAGCACUACGGACAAUCCACGCCUCCGGUUUAUGACAUGGAAAGCAUCCCGAAAGAUUUCCCAAUGUACCUCGGUUAUGGAGGGGCAGAUGAGUUGGCUGAUGUGCAAGACGUCAACACACUGCUCAAAAGCGUUAAGGAUCAUGAUCCGGAUAAGCUUGUUGUACAAUACCAGGAGGACUAUGCACAUGCUGAUUUUGUUUUUGCUGUGAAUGCGAAAAAAGUUGUGUAUGAUCCUGUCAUGGCAUUUUUGAACCUCAAUUAA